GCGGCUGCGGGCAAACGCGCGGGGCACGGGGCGCUGGGCGAUAGCCGUCGGGGCCGGGGCGGCUGGCAGUGGGCACAGGCUCCCCGGUGCCCGCCCCUCCGCCGGGAGGGGGGCGCGAGCGGGCGGCCGGGGAGGGGCCGGCACCGCCACGGCAAAAAUGAGCCUGCUGUCUGCCAUCGACACGAGCGCCGCCUCGGUGUACCAGCCGGCCCAGCUGCUCAACUGGGUCUACCUGUCGCUCCAGGACACACACCAAGCUAGUGCUUUCGAUGCCUUCCGGCCCGAGCCGCCCGCCGGCGCCGCGCCCCCGGAGCUGGCCUUCGGCAAGGGCCGCCCGGAGCAGCUGGGCUCUCCCCUGCACUCCAGCUAUCUUAACAGCGUCUUCCAGCUGCAGCGCGGAGAGGCGCUGAGCAGCAGUGUGUACAGGAACGCUUCACCCUAUGGCUCCCUCAACAACAUCGCCGAUGGCCUCAGCUCCCUCACCGAGCAUUUCUCGGACCUGACACUCACCUCUGAGGCCCGCAAGCCCAGCAAGAGGCCUCCGCCGAACUACCUAUGCCACCUGUGUUUCAACAAAGGACACUACAUUAAGGAUUGCCCCCAGGCACGCCCCAAAGGUGAGGGUCUGACCCCGUACCAAGGCAAGAAGCGCUGCUUUGGAGAGUACAAGUGCCCCAAGUGCAAGAGAAAGUGGAUGAGCGGGAACUCCUGGGCCAACAUGGGGCAGGAGUGCAUCAAGUGCCAUAUCAACGUGUACCCACACAAGCAGAGACCCCUGGAGAAGCCUGAUGGCCUGGAUGUGUCUGACCAGAGCAAGGAGCAUCCGCAGCACCUCUGCGAGAAGUGCAAGGUCCUGGGCUACUACUGUCGCCGCGUGCAGUGACCUUGGCCACCACCGCAGCGCCCCGCAGAUGCCACCUCCCUGCGCUGCCCAAAGGGCUGAAUGGCCUCAUACUUGAGGAGACCUCACAGGCCUGUGGGCUUAAGCACAGGAGGCUCAUGUCCUGGUCUCUUGGGCUGACACGCCCCCGACAGGGUGCAGAGAUGGAGGGAGGCUCAGGGACAGAGGCCAGCAGAGGCUGUGGUGUCCUCCCAGGCUCUCUCCCUGAGCGUCUUUGGGGCUGAACGGCUACUUGUAUCUGCCGCAAGUACACUAAGUGAACUGUGAAUCCUGAGGCCUGCGGGACGUCUUCCCUCCAAGACCAGUCAGGCCCUCUCCUUCCCAGGACCUUGCAGCUUGUCUCCUAUGAAAAGCCACUCUGGGGAAGUCCUGUUCCAUUCCUAAUCUGUACACAGAGGGGCAGUCGCUUGUUCUAGCAGCUGCUGGGGAGUGGUCCUCUGUCGUGCCCACAUUGAGUCCCAAAUCUGACCACCCCUGAUAUCACUGCAUUGCACCCGGCUCUCUCUGCCAAUGGGACCAGCAGGAGGGGGGGGCGGAGGGACAUUAAACAGCCAACAGUGCUCCCCCAGGCUGUCCUGUAGGCUAAGGUCCUGUCAGCUGCUCGGUCUUCAUCCUUUGCCUGCCAUCCACAUCAGGGAUGCCACACACACAUCUCCCCCAAAAUCCGUAAACCUAUUUUGGCAUGAAGGAUGCAGGUCUCGGCGUUCUGGGACAUCUCAUCUUUCCAGCCUCGGUUUCCCUACUAGUUAAGUGAGAAAGUGCCACCAGAAAGCCAAGAGGCCCCAUUGAGCUUUGGUGUUCUAGAAGAGAGCUGGCUGCCUCUGGAACACAGAGAGUCGCUGGGGUGGGGGAUGGGACGUCCCUAGACUGCUAGGUGCACUGCCUUCCAAAUCCUGGUCCCCACUUAGGUAGUCAGGCUGAGUGCUGUCAGGUCCUCUCCUACAGCCCUCCUAGCCUGAUAUUCCCUUCCCCUGAGAAGAUGGAAGGUGACCACCCCCCUCCCCAGGUCUCCUCAACCCCUCACCGUGGGCAAACCUAAAAUGAGCCACAGAACCUCUCCUUUGGAAACCGGGGAUAGUGAUUUCCUGCUUUUCUAGGAAGGCAGAGAGAUCUCUCUUGGCAUGUCACAUGGCCCAGGAGGACCGCUGUCCUGACCAGGGUCGGCAGCGCACCCCCUCCCCCUGUGACAAGCCACACUUCUCUGCCUUUCUCCUCUUCACCAGCUGCCAGGACUGAGGAGCUUGACUCUGCCCCAACACUACGCCUCUAUGGAGAAGAAAAAAGAAAAAAGAGAAAGAGAAAAAAAAAGAACCAGUCAGACCGUGAAACAGGCCUGAAAUUCAGUGUUUACACAUGGUGCCCAGUUGCCCUUUAUUUUCAAAUGAAAAUGCUUUGUACGACCGAGGAGUCACAGUGACGUGUUAACCAAGGGUCCAGGGAGUGAGUGGAAGAGAUGGGUGGUAUCUUCAGCCAGCUCGCUGCGGGAUAGAUGUGGGGAGAACGUACCCUCUGAACACUUAACAAAGGUAUCUGUGGCGGUUCCGGGGCACCAGCUGCCACCCUGCUGCCCACGAAUGGUGGCGAGCUGGGCUGCAGACUGUGAGCAUCCAGACCGGAAGACUCUCCAGCGUUGCUGUUGCAGGAGGGCUGCCCCGGGCCCAGCUUCCUGUGGCUUAGGAAAGGGAUACUUCCUUCUGUCAAUCAUCCCACUGGGCCUCUGCAGAGAGUGUUCAGUGGGCAGUGUGCUUGUGUCCCAGAUGAGGACAAGCUGGGCAUGGGUGUGCUAGGUCCAAGAUUCAAAGAGCCCGGCGACAGUCUUCAGGAAGCCAGGGCUGGCAGAAGGUGGGACAUCUCCCUGCAGUGGUCCUUUGGGUCACUGCAUGGACAUCUGUGCAUGGCCAGGGCCUCUUGCCUCAGGCAGCCCCUCCCUGGUCCUGCCUUGCAAUGCUUUGGCUGAGCGUGUGAUCUUUUUUUGAGGAGAGCAAAAGAUACCACUGUCUAGGCUGGGUGCUGGAAGAGUUAAUGCUCAGAGGGCACGGGAGCCCAGGAGACAAGAAAGUGUGUGGUUUUAGUACAUACAAAAGGGACAAUCGCUUGCAGUCAGUAGAUCUAGUGAUCUAGUUGAGAGAGAGAGAAUGGUGUUUACCCCACAUGAAGUAUUCAAUAGCUCUACUUGUGAAUUUGUAUUUAUUUUGAGUUAUACUUGACACAGAACUCUUUUUUUAAAAAAAUUCUAUGUGUGUAUUUUGGGAAAAAAUUGAUAGAUGUUAAAAUUUCUGCAUGGUUACCAGUUUAUCUUACGACACUGAACUUGGUAGCCUCUCCCCGCAAAAUUCUUCAUAGUGAUUUUUGUUUGUAUAUACUUGAGGGUCUUUUUUUUUUUUAAAGAAAAGAAUACUAGGAUUGCUUGAUAUUAUUGAAACUGAAAACAAAAAGAGGCAUUUAAAAAAAUCAGUGCUUUGAGAGGGCAAUCCAUAUCGAACAGAUUCCUAGACCUAGUUUUGCAAGUCUGGUUGACCUGUAAGAGAGUAUUUAUAGUAAGAACUUUUCCCUUUUUUUCUUGUUAUUUUUUCUAUGCUUUUGUCUGUAAAAAGUGUGCAACUGAGCUACAUUAAGAAGGAAAUAUUAUCUACAUAGAAUUAUUAUAUGAAGUUGGUACAUAAUUCUAACGAGGAAAAAAAUCUUUGUAAUCCUUUAAGCUAUGUUGUUGGGUUUUUUUCUAUUUUGUUUUCCUUGGAUGAAAAUAUCAGUAUUAAGCAGCCAGUAUAUUAUUCAAGUGUUUAGACUUAUUAAUAAGCUCUUGUCCUGUAUUUAUAUAUUUGUGUAUUUGGGAAGUAUUGCUUUUUUAAAGGGGAAUUAUCAGUGGACAACAUGGUAAAAAGGGAACAGAGAUCCUUUGGACCUCUUCCUCUGAGGUUGGCAGGUGGCAAUUGUCAUCUUUUCUCCUGAACCUUCAUGUAGUUAUCUUGUUAUUAUGGUUUUAUUAAUAUUUUAGGAGAGGGCAGGGAAUGGGCAAGGGAAAAAAGGACACAUCGGGCGAGCGGGUCCAGCCCAUUGGCCUUGCCAGCAAGACCCAAGGAGGUACACGAAAAACAGGAAGGAGGCAGGCUUCCUCCCUGCCCCAGCCCUGCCUUUCAGCCCCAUGCUCCUGGACCUUGGAUCUGUCCGCCUGAGCCCUUACACCUGCUCUUUAGCAUCUAAUGGACUUGAAUCUACUCUAAACAAAAGUCUAACCCAACCUCACUACAUUGUAGCCAGUGCAACAAACUAACAGUGAUGUAAGGGGUGUUGCGGCCUUCUGGGAGGUGGCAGUGAGAUCCAUUGCUUGCUCUCAUGGUCACCUUCCCUGUACCAACCCCUGCACCCUUCCCCCCCCAGUGGUGAUCCUGUCCUUGUCUGUGUGUCUGUUCGUGUGUGUGUGUGUGUGUGUGUGUGUGUGUGUGUGUGUGUGUGUGUGUUCAGCUAAGAAGACAAACAGAACCCGUGAGCCCCCGCCUGGAGGGUGCGUGGAGAAGGCUCCUGACCUUCCCUGAAGGGCCGGCCUCGGGGUGGCAUUCCGUUGUGUGCCUUAUUCCUGGAGACUCUGUAUACGGCUUGCCUAUGAAAAUAUAGCCUUUCUGUGCUGUAUUAAAAGGACUUUGGAAAGAA